AUGGAGGGCAUCCCGAUGGAAAACCUCCCCUCCAAUCCAGCGGGGUUGGUAGCCCAGUCACCAGCCCCGGCACCUACGGUGCUUGAGUUAGACGAUGCGCCCCUCGUGGAGGUCCCACCUACCCCUAAACGAAGGAGCCUCAAGGCGCAGUGCGUCUACUACAUGCGCAUCUUCCUCCAGUUCAUCUGCUCCUACGUAGGUCUGACUGCCAUCCUCGCAGGUUACCUGGUCUUCGGCGCCUUCGUGUUCCAAGCCAUUGAGGCCCCUGUCGAGACGCGAAUGAGGAGUGAUAUGAGGGCCGACAAGAAGAUCUUCUUCAUGAAGAUGUACGAGGCAGCUCCUGUUAUGAAGAGGGAAAACUGGACGGAGCAGGCCCUUUAUGAACUGAACUUACUCCAGAAGGACUUUAUCCAUUUCUAUAACUACGACUUGGAGGUAGAUGGAGUAAAAAUACAGAAGUGGUCCUUCGUCGGCUCUAUGCUGUUUUCUCUGACAGUCAUCAGUACAAUCGGUUAUGGGCAUAUUGCACCAGUCACCAUACCAGGCCAGAUAUUCUGUAUCCUCUACGCCUUGGGAGGGAUACCACUGAUGCUACUGGUGCUUACAAACGUGGGUCGGGUCCUAGCCAACGUAGCCAGACUACUCUACAUCAUGUACACCAGCCGGCUGUGUCAACGAAUGCGGAUGAGGUGUCGUCAGCGACGGUCAAGAAAGAGGGCUCGGAAGAUGGCACGUCGAAGAGCAAUGGCUCGAAAGGAUUCAUCCAGGUCAAAUCGCUCCAACCGCAGCCGAAGCAAUAAGAGCAGUAAGUCCAGGACAGCGAAGAAGACAGCCAGCCAGGCAACCAUCCGCGUGGACAGCGAGCCGUAUCGAGAAGGCCGCCCAAUGUCCGUCAACAUGGAGCUCAUCCGGAGCGAUCCGCCUAUGCCGCCCCCUUACGACGAGUCCAACGUGAUUGAGGAUAAGAUUUCGGAUACCCGUGAGAACGCCGAGAUGUUCUCCGAGGAAGCUGAUAAACCUAACAUGUCUGAGGCUCCGGUGGCUCCGGUUGCUCCUGUGCAUUUUAGCAUCUCUCCUGCGGAGGAUUUGCCGGUAGUGUUUCCCCUCUGCAGCCCUCCGAAACAGCCUAUCGUGGGAGGGGCACCCAAAGCCGACAUGGACGACGAUUUCGAUGAUCUGAGCGAUCUGGACGAGCCUGAACCGGAACCGGAACCGAAGGUAAAACCCAAGGAGCAGGGUGAAAAACCGCCACUGGAGUUUGAAACAAAGCUUGGUCUGAGCAGCAAAUCACCUUCUAUGGAGAAUUUACAAUUGACGCCAUUACUGCAGCCAUUAGCAAAGGAACCUGCGUGCACCCAGAGAGAUCCUUCGUGCUCAGCGGCUGAAUGCUCGAUAACAAUCGAGGAGGGCGUCGGUCAUGAGGAAGUACACGAGAAGAAACUGGAACGUGCAUCUUCCUCGAUCACACUUGGGGAACACUGUGAGAAACGACCGCCUCCAAGGCAGUUUUCCUGCCUCGAACUACGACAGGUGGAGGAGCAUAGGUCGAUAUCCUUCAACAUAGAAGGUAUCGAAGAGGAGGAAGAGGUGACGCCGAAAGAGGAUGACGUCUUCCUCCCGAAGGAAUCACAGAGUGUUAAUGAGCUGAACUUAGAGGUCACUGGCAGUGCUUCUGACCUCAAUAAGAACAAGAAGAACCGCGGUAAAGACAAAAAUAAGAAGAAAAGCAAAAGCAAAUCGAAAAAGGACGGUGAGUCUACGGGUAAGGCCCGGUCUUCGAAACACCGGAAAAACGCCGAGGUGAGAAUUGUCGAAAGAAGGAAAAGCACACCAAAGAAAUUACGGACAACAAAGCGGCCGGACAUGUCGCCGCCUACGCUCAGAUCGCUGCACUCAAAACAGUUGAAAAUAUUGAACUCGGCGACUGCGGUUCGCUUGGCGACGUACGACAAAGACUUUGGGAACAGUCGGGAGGACCUUACAACUCUCAUCCCUGCCCUCAAACACGAGAAAGUGCGGUGGUUGUGUGAGUACGACCGAGGUGUCAUUCGCAAUCGAAUGCACAAUCCACGCGGCCAACGCCGACGACGAGUUCCAACAUCAGACAGUGGCAGCUCGCGAAGUCGAAGCAAUCGAGGUGUCCGUAGACGGAGAAAGAAAGGACGCGAGUCGGGGUGUACUACUCCUUUAGGUUCAGACCGUACAUCAGCAUUUGAUAGUGACACUGAAUCCACGGACACGGAUGACCCAGGUGCUGAUCCCCUUCAACAGGCUGAAAUCCCCAUCGGUCCAGUCUUAGCGUUCUUCUUCAGCUACAUCGCGAUUGGUGCCAUCAUGUUCUUCUUUCUCAUGGACAAGUGGAACCUUUUCCAGUCUUUCUAUUUUUGUUUCAUCACGUUAACCACGAUAGGGUUCGGAGAUUACGUACCGGACGAUCAACUGAGCAGCUUGCUGGCCUGCUGCAUGUACACUCUAGUCGGUAUGGCGGUCACGUCAAUGUGCAUUGCACUGAUCAUGAAGAAGUUCGUGGUCACUGUCAAACACAUCGGGCGCAGGGUGGGAAUCGUAGGUGAAGACGAUUGACAAAGCGCCACCAGCGGUGAGGAUAGCAACUCAUCGCGCCAAGAAUCUUCGUAGAUAGCACUUCACAAAGACUGGAAAAAAUAUUACAAUUAUCAUAAUUAUGGAUGUAUGUCUUCUUAGUAUCGCUUUAUACAACUAGAUAGAUCAAGCUCAAUGUUAUUAAGAUAUCAAUCAUUCAACCAAUCAAUUUUAGGUGAACGUUUAGUAUCACGAUUUAUUGAUAACAAUAAUACUUAAAUGCCACUUUUUGCCCAAAGCAAUAGUUUUUACAAUAUUAUGAGUGGUACUGGUAUGCAAAACAAUUUUUCUAAAAAAGGGAAAUUAUCUUUACUUAAUUUUGUUCUGUUUCUUUUUGGUCACAUUCUAGGGACCUCGUUGAAAAAGACGAAUCACUCAAAAUUUUCCCCUCAAAGGUCUACGUUUGCCCAAGAAGAAUGCUCCUGUCCUUUAAAGCAAAAAAGCAUUAGCGCUCGUUCAUUUUUGUCUAUUCUUUUUCUGAGAUCUAGUUGAAGUUAAUACUGGAUUGGUCUUUUACUUCGGUGUAUUAUAACCUCUAGAGGGCGCUAUCACUGAUGUACGAUAGCCUUUCUACAACGCACAUGUUCAUUCGAUUGUGAUACACCAACAUGCGUGCGGGUACGCUUGAGCAUGCACGCAAUGACUCAUCGACAAAGUGCAACAGGCGUUUUCAGUGUUCUUGAGACAAAUUGUUUCUACGCACUAUCAGCCAAUUUUUGAAAAUUCUCAUUUCAGGCAUUUCAACUGUACACUUCAUAAAUAACAUACACAAUUUGGUACCUGUUGUCUGUAGGCGUAUGUCAUGCCUCUGGUUCAGUAUUAUGUGCGUGUUCAUCGGAAGCAGUAACCACGAUAUGAACACGGAUAUAUUCAGAUAUUAUCUUGUAUAUUCAAUUAUUAUUAGGGCUAUGUUUGAUUGAAAUACUACCCUAAUUGUCAGUCCUAAUCAACGUACAUUUCUUGUUUGUUUCCUCCACUCUGGCCGCCCCACUAAUGCCAGCUCUUGGCAAAAAAACAGUAGAUAGUUUCGUCGGAUAUCUUUCACAGUUACAGUAAUUUUGAAACAUACUCUACGCUUAUUCUAAUCGAAAACAAGUGAUUUUAUUUACGGUAAAUUUACAACAUGAUCGGGACUAGGCCUUGGAAAUGCCGCCCUCUAAUCGCCUCAUAUGUACUAGUCAAUGGUUUGGUUUGCUGCCCUCUACUGGCCUCAUAUGUACUAGUCAGUGGUUUGGUUUACAAAGUACUUGGACCCGACUCCUCUAAAUCCAACCAGGCAAUGGUUACUUUUUUCAAAGGUCGCCUCCCUCUUAGAAGCUGUUACCAAAAAGAAUCGAUAUCAGGCGUCAUAUACAAUCAACAUCGAGCGACAUCAGGAUGUCUGGGGGUUAAGGGAAUAGGUUAAGAGUCGGUUUUGUGUAUGUAAAUGUAUGCAUGUAGGGCCUACUACCAGACGAAAUGUGACGUAGGAAUGAAAGUUAAAGUUUAGCGGUUAAUCACAAACAGAAACGCACGUCACAGAAGUCCAGCUCUUCUUUCAACUUAACGAGAGUAAACCUGCUCAUAGUCUCGGGAUUUUAAAAGGGUGUCGUGAUUAUGCAAACAGGGUCAACAAUCAAAAGACGCUGGACGGCUCGAUAGUUUGCUACUGGAGGCUUCAUUCUAGUGGCAGCGUGUGUAUGGUAUAUUUCAACAAAUUUUAAGAAAAGUGUCGUGUGACUUUGACUGACGUUCAAAGCCCCUUCCUACUUUUUUUUUGGGGGGGGUUAAAUAU